GCUUUGAUUGGUUAUUCUGCACCGGUCUGCGUAGACUCCGGUCCUGAGUGAGACAGAUGGUUUUUUUGGUAAAUUAUUUCCUGCAGUAUCUAUUAAUUUUCCAAACGCAUGGCCACUUUCCCACUCUAUAUUGCGAUAGUUUUCAAAUGUUGUUCACAAACAUUCUAUGAAUUUAUUAAGAUGUGGAAAUUACCAUAUCUAAGUGGUCACAUUGUCAGAAAAUGUAAAAAUAAAUACAAAUAAAGGUAAUGUUGCUAAAACGCUGUCAGUUCCCUAUUCAAAUGACACACGGAAUAUGAGUGUUUUUAUAUCACUGGUUAGAAGAGAAUUUACAGUCAUUCUGGAAUUUCGGAUGGAGAUUCUGGGAGGCUGGCGAAACAAGAAAGAAGCAAAUCAGUUGCUUUGUUAUUUAACUUAACCGAAUCACGACCCGAAAUAGGAUAUCAACAUUGACAAGGGUUGGUUGUUCAUUUUGAAUGAUAGUUUGACUCUUAAAUCUGUGUUUUGGUGUGAGGCCAGGGACUUUUAUAGAGAGACACACCCGAUAUAUCUCAGGGCCAUAUGAAAAUGACGGCAGAGUUUUUGACCUGCAAAGUCCUGCGACUUUUACUCCAUUGUAGUGGAGUAAAAGUUGUCAAAAAAUAUUUAAACUACUUAAGUGGUACUUCAAAGUAUUUCUACUUACUUUACACCAGUGUUAUUAAACUCGUUUACACUGAACAAAAAUAUAAACGCAACAUGUGAAGUGUUGCCAUGUUUCAAAUUCACAGAAAUAAGUCAGCUGUGUGUGUGUCUCUCUCCAGGUCUGGUCAUUGACUGGUGUAGCACAGUAGGUCAGCCUGCAUCACCAUGCUGACUCUGGUGGUCAGGACUGCCAGGCACCAGGUGUGUCAAGCCUUUGGGGUCAGGGCUCAGGGGGUAAAGUUCGCUCUCCCCAGCACAGUGUCAGUCCCAGCUCUAAUUCAGGGGAAGGUGACAAAAGGUUGUGAGCUGAAGAGGCGAAUGAAAGCUGAGAAGAAGGCAUCUGAGAAGGAAGCCAAAGUCAAAGAGCAGGUUGAGCAGAAGGAGACCAAUGACCAGGGAGUUCAGAAUGCAUACGGGGCAGAUGAGGAGACCCUGGACCCUAACCAAUACUUUAAGAUCCGCACUCAAGCCAUCCAGGCUCUGAAGGGCACAGCAGAGGACCCAUACCCUCACAAGUACAAUGUAGAUCUAUCGCUCACAGAGUUCAUUGAGAAAUACAACCACCUACAGCCUGGAGACCAGCUAACAGACAUUGUCCUCAAUGUAUCAGGUCGUGUCCAUGCCAAGAGAGAGUCCGGGGCCAAGUUAAUCUUCUAUGACUUGCGAGGGGAAGGCGUCAAGCUGCAAGUUAUGGCAACCAACAGGAGCUACAAGUCUGAGGAGGAGUUUGUGCGCAUCAACAACAAGCUGCGGCGUGGUGACAUCAUUGGUGUUCGUGGUAAUCCAGGGAAGACCAAAAAGGGCGAGUUGAGCAUCAUUCCCAUAGAGAUGAUCCUGCUUUCACCUUGCUUGCACAUGCUGCCCCACCUCCAUUUUGGUCUCAAGGACAAGGAAACACGAUUCCGCCAGCGAUACCUGGAUCUAAUUCUCAAUGACUAUGUGAGGCAGAAGUUUGUGACACGUGCCAAGAUCAUCACUUACCUCCGCAGCUUCCUGGAUGGGCUGGGAUUCUUGGAGAUUGAGACACCCAUGAUGAACCUGAUUCCUGGUGGGGCCGUGGCCAAACCCUUUGUGACCUACCAUAACGACCUAGACAUGAACCUUUACAUGAGGAUCGCUCCUGAGCUCUACCACAAGAUGCUUGUGGUUGGGGGGAUUGACAGAGUGUAUGAGAUUGGACGGCAGUUCAGAAACGAAGGCAUUGACCUCACCCACAAUCCAGAGUUCACCACCUGCGAAUUCUAUAUGGCCUAUGCAGAUUACCAUGACUUGAUGGAUAUCACAGAGAAGCUUCUCUCGGGGAUGGUCAAGCACAUCACUGGAGAGUACAAAGUGAAGUAUCAUCCAGAGGGUCCAGAGGGCCCGACCCAUGAGAUCGACUUCACUCCUCCCUUCAGGAGGGUCAGCAUGACACACGACCUGGAAAAGGAGAUGGGCGUCAAGUUCCCAGCUGCUGACACCUACGACAGUGACGAGACACGUAAAUUCUUUGAUGAACUUUGUGCCCAGAAAGGAGUGGAGUGCCCUCCUCCUAGAACUACUGCCCGCCUCCUUGACAAGUUGGUGGGAGAUUUCCUGGAAGUCACGUGUAUCAACCCCACGUUCAUCUGUGACCACCCACAGAUCAUGAGCCCCCUGGCCAAAUGGCACCGGUCAGAGAAAGGCCUGACGGAGCGGUUUGAGCUGUUUGUAUUGAAGAAGGAGAUCUGUAAUGCCUACACUGAGUUGAACGACCCUAUCAGGCAGAGGGAGCUCUUUGAGCAACAGGCUAAGGCCAAGGCAGAGGGUGAUGACGAGAGCAUGUCCAUUGAUGAGACUUUCUGCACGGCACUAGAGUAUGGCCUGCCACCAACUGCUGGCUGGGGAAUGGGCAUUGACCGCCUUACCAUGUUCCUCACAGACUCCAACAACAUCAAGGAGGUGCUGUUCUUCCCAGCCAUGAAGCCUGAUGACAACAAGACAGCCCCUCUCACAGAGGGCACCUCUGUGUAGUAUUGUGACCUCGCCUGCUGGCAGAUCUCUGCAGGGGUUGGCAUGGUGAUGAAGCCUGGGGAAAUAAUCCGAUUGGUCUGUUGGUCUCACUGUGUCCCGGUGGCAUUGACUGUUUUCCAUUUUAUCAUAUGGUUUGAAUCUUGCAAUCUGCAUUAUUAAGGGAAAUAAGUUACUUAAAAAAUAUUUUUCCACCAUUACAUAGUUGAAAACAUUAAAUUGUGUGAUCUUAUUACCUUGCGCUUUGUCUCAAUUCUUUCUUCCCUCAUAAGUGUGGUGGACAUCCAAGCCCAAUGUAAUGUCAGUGAAUGAGGGUUUCUGGACAUGUUUGUUGUGUUAUUGUAUGCUAUACAGUCCAACUACUAAAAAAAAAUAUGUUCACUCACACAACUGCCAUUGGCACAAAAAUAAAAUUUGACAAAAAUGUGA